ACAAUUUCAAAAUAUAUUACACAUUACACAAUUUUAAUUGCCUUGAUAAUUUUACAUUAAUUUUUUCCCGCCAACUCCACCUCCCGACAAGUCGUACCAUCGCCCGAUUGGUCAACGACAAAGCCCGCUCGAUUCGACCGACCAAUAUGAUCUGGCCGAGGUGGAGCCGAAGCGGUACCGCGAAACGCGACUGUAAUCCGGCGCCACCUGACGGUACCCAUGGUACCUUCAAUGGUAUACGUUUUGGUACAGCGGAAAAGAUGCUGGGCUUAGUACAAUCCGUGCGGUUCGUCGACGAUGCGUCAAAAAUAGUACCCCGCGAGUGAGAUAUGUCGUGCGUACCGACAAAAAUUCGACUCGCAAGGAUUGUUUUGUAGAAGUUUUUUUUUUUUUUUUGCGAUUGUUGAUGGUGUGGUCCGAUGGAUUAUGAUGCGGCGGCUAAUUAUGCUAUUAUGAACCAACUGUGCAAAGUAUGCGGUGAACCCGCUGCAGGAUUUCAUUUUGGAGCUUUUACCUGUGAAGGAUGCAAGUCGUUCUUUGGCAGGACCUACAACAAUAUCAGCUCAAUUAGCGAAUGCAAAAACAAUGGAAAAUGCGUCAUCAACAAGAAAAAUCGAACUGCGUGUAAAGCAUGCCGUUUGCGCAAAUGUAUGAUGGUUGGCAUGUCAAAAAGUGGUUCCAGAUAUGGACGCAGAUCAAACUGGUUCAAGAUUCAUUGUCUUUUACAGCAACAACAAAACCAAUCGUUUCUCCAACACCAAAAUACCAGUGACGUUGCAGGAAAUUUUUCUGCAGCCAAUAUGCUAAGACCCAACUACCUAAGUCCAUUGUUUCGUAGUCCUGGAGCACCAACGCCUUCUGGAGCGCGAGACACUCCUUCCAACUGUGAAUCUGAUUCCGGAGCUAGUUCAGCUGAUCUUGACGAUGAAAAUAGAUCAGGUAGUGCACUCAGUUAUCUAAGACCUAGUGGAUCGCCUUUGAGCGAUCGAGUGAGUAGCGACACGGACUGUUUUUCAAAAAACAAUAAAUAUCCUUUGCACAACAAUAACAAUCACUUAAAAAUAAUGCCCAACAUGAACUCUCCUAUGAGAUUUCCACAUCCUCCGAGUAUAUCUCCAGCCUCUUUGCCUUCGAUAUCUCCGAACACUGUUGUUAGUCCGUCUUCACAUACACUAACCCCAAUUGUUCCUAAUCCCCGAUGGAUUCCGCCAUUUCCGGUGAUAGGAGAUCCAGCGGUUUGGAGAGAGUUCUGGUUGCGCGGACAACCACCUAUAGCUGAACCAGCUCCAGAUCAGGAUCAACCGAUUGACUUGAGUGUGAAACAGUGUAAAAAAAGUACGGAAGUCAAUGUGGAAGUUGAUGAGGAUAUGGGAAAAGCCGAGAGUGGUGAAGGUGAAAGUCGAGUGGGUAUGCCAUUAGAUUUAACUUUGGCGGAACGUUGAUGUAUUGUAAUUAUUAAUAAAUUAAAUUUUAGAGCAAGGAGAUGCAUAAAUUUUGAAAAAAUAUAUAAUUGUGAUUGCGGUUUGGUGCUUAAUGAAUUGGUGUGAUUUUAGUAAACUGAUCUUCAUUAUAAGACAAAAGCUGUUUUUGAUUAACAACUUUUGUGGUGUAUAUAUGUAUUGUUAAUGCAUAUUUAUUUAAUAUUUUGUAGUGUCUUACCAAUUUCAUCUAUGUACUUAUUGCCAGUAUACGUCCAGUAUUUUAACUUUGUCAAUUAUUAUGUUAUGUGCCUUGAAAUAUACAAAAAGGGUUUGUAGGUAAUUUGCAUGCGUGCUCGAAACGUGAUCGAAUUCGUCCACGAUCUUGCUAUAAGUUCGUCUUUUUGUGAAUAAAUCAAAAUAUUUAUAGGGAAAAUAAAACUUUUAAUGGUCAGUUGUGUGUACACUAUUUUAUGUAGUUCAGUCUCAAUAGUUGUUAUUAUAUUAUAUAAAAUUGCAUUGUAGGUAACUUUGUGAAUAUAUUAUAAACCUUUUGUAAUUAGCUUUAUACAAACUCACCAUUAAAAAUGGGGUUCAAAUAAGCAGAAGUAUUAUCAUGUUGGCCAGUAAUAUUGCGCCCUAUUUGUUAUUGUAUUUUUUUUACGAAAUAUUGAUGCUUUUAUUUGAAUAAAAUGUUUUGUUAUAUA